AACCAGGAGGUCCAUUGUCCAGAUGCCACAAAGUACUACCGACCGGUUUCCGGCAACCUGGCUGGGAUCAACUCGUUUGCUUUUGAAAGGAAUGCAAAACAUGCCAUCGCCGGUGUUGUCAUGUUCCAAUAUACAAUCUCUUCGCGACACUCCAUUAAGCCCAAAUUCAUGAAUGAGCUUUGGCUCUGA